UAUGUAUGACAGGAAGUAGUGUACUCAGGAUGACCCAUGCACGGCAAAACCACCUCCUUGCCCGAUCCACCUCCGCGGCGGCGAUGAACAACACCGACACCGGCAGUGAUUAACAACGUUGAACGGAUAAACAACGCUGACGCUGUCAGCAAUGAACAACGCGGACGGAUGAACAACACCUACACUGUCGGCAAUGCACAACGCUGACGGCAGCGGUGAGAAACAAUGCUGACACAUGAUCAACACCGAUGGAUGACCAAUGCCGAUGCCGUUGGCGAUGAACAAUGCCGACGGAUGAACAACGCCGCCGCCACUGCCCCCCAACUAUUUUUUUUUAAUAGCCAUAUACACACCUGUCAUUUGGAACCCACAAAGCUCCUGUCCUUUGUACCUGUGCAAUCCAUUUUUCAUGACAAACCAGGUCUUUUGUAAAAGUAUGAAGAGUGAAUCCAUCCUCCUGAGUGUUCAAGCAAUAUCCAGCAUUACAACGAGCCGGCGUUUUGGCUAACACAAAGGAACAAAGAGCUACCUUCCCGCAGGUAAAACUGGUAUAAACACGUGAACCCGCUCGAGUGGGAGUCUGCUAAUAAUGUCACUUCCUACUUCUUCUGCAAAACAAAUCCCUUGAGAGUAUUUUCAUGGCCAGAGUUACAAAAAGCAAAAUAAGUCAAAAUCAUGUUCUAUGGUGAAAAAACGGAUGGGCCCAUUCCGGCUGCCCAUUUUUUUUAAUGAAAAACAAACUAAAAAUCAUGCUUUUCAUGCCAGUAGACCUUUAAAUGAUUAUUCAGCAACCUUCAUGAUGUCAUGUCACCGUUACAUUUACUUUGUCAGAAAAUACAAUACCCCUCCUUGAGCUGUCACCUUAUCGUGGUUGAGGAAUUUGUGUGUCCCACUGAUCCUAGGAGCUAAGUUGUCAAGGGGUUCAUGCCCCUUGUUAGGUCACCCAUGGUAAACAGGUCCGAGGUGAGGGACCGGACAAAGCACGGCUCCAUAAACCCCUCUGAUAAGUAAAAAUAAUGGUCCAAUCCAGGUUUCCUUUGCCCGGAUGCGAGUCACUGGGGCCCCCCUCCGGAGCCAGGCCUGGAGGUGGAUCUCAAAGGCUAGCACCUGGUAGCUGGGCCUGCUCCCAUGGGGCUCGGUUGCACACAGCCCUAAAGGGUAAUGUUGGUCCCCCUUACCAUGGGCUCACCACCUGUGGGAGAGGCCAUAGGGGUUGGGUGCGAUGUGAGUUGGGCGAUGGCCGAAGGCAGGGACCACUGUGAUAUAAUCCCCGCCGACAGAAACUGGCUAUAGAGAAAAUGGAAUGUCACAUGUCUGGCACGGAAGGAGCGCGAGCUUGUGUGUAAGGUGGAGAAGUUCUGGCUAGAUGGAGUCGGACUCACUUACACACACCUCUCGGCCUCUGGUAACUGCCCAUGGUGAUGGGCGCCGAGCAGGUGUUGGUAUACUGAUUACCCACCAGCCCAGCACCUCUCUGUGGGAAUUCAGCCCGAUAGAUGAGAGGCUAGCCUCCCUCCACCUUUGAAAACUUUGUUUUUGGUUUGGUUGACCAGAACAGUUUGAAGACUGCCUGGGUCUGUUUGACCGGUCAAAUGGAGUCAUAAAUCAAAAUUAGUCAGUUGAUUUUUUUUGAAAAGACAUUAUACAACUCCCAGACAAUCGCGUAAGUAACAAUAAAUAUAGUGAGCCUACCUUGGAAUAAAAAUACAAUUAGUGAGCGUAAUAUUGCUUCAUGUAAAAAAAUGAUUCUUAACAAAAGUAUUUGGGGAAAGGUAGAAUGAAUGUUGAAUUAAAACUUUUCCGGUAAGUACAAUUACAUUUUUACGGAUUAUUUUCCUUACAACUGCAUGAUACUGUCAUCUUGCAUCUGUCACUUGCGUCUUCAGUUACAGAUCGCCUGCAGACCAAAACAAGAUCUUAAACCGGCAGUUUAGCAUGUGAGGAUCUUCUGAUGUGCCAAAAAGGCAAUACAAGACAUGCUCUCAUGGAGGGCUGUCACCCACCAUCGUCUCGCACUAGUUUAAGGGGGCAUGUAAUUUAGAGUGGCUUCCCUGGAAAUCAUCGUCAUAAAUCAGGCUUGGACAGCACCUAAGGACAAGAACAGAGGGUACUUCAACUUCAAAGAAAGGGGGGAAAAACAAGCCCAAAUACUAGAACCUGCAAUUGUUGCUGGCUCAGUUGAUCUGUCUUCCAAAACCUGUGACUUGUAAAUAUAUCUAUCCAUACGUUUUCUAAGCCGCUCAUCAUCACGAGGGUCUCGGGAGUGCUGGAGUCAAUCCACGCUGUCAUCGGGCAGGAGGCAGGGUAAACCCUGAACUGGUUGCCAGCCAAUCACAGGGAACAUGCAGACAGACAACAGUCCCACUCACAAUCACACCUAAAGGCAAUUCUCCAAUUAAUCUAUGUUUUUGGAUGUGGGGGGAAACUGGAGUGACUACAGAAAACACGCGGCACGCGGAGAACGUGGAAACUCCACACAGGCGGGGCCGGGAUUCAGACCCCGGUCCUCAGAACUGUGAGGCAAAUCAUGGGCUUGAUGGUGUAAAUCUUUGAGAAUAUUUUGGUUUUCUCAUGCUACGACGUAUGACAAUUAUCCAUGUAAGGGAGGUCACACUCAAGACCUGAUUACCCUCUCUGUAGUUUUGAUAGCACGCCGCAGCAUCUUCUUUUUAAUGGUGUUCCCGUACCACACUAUGAUUCUGCAAGUUGGGAUGCUUUCAAUGAGUCUUCUAUAUUCCUAAGUGAGUGGCUGAUGUUGGCCUGAACUUUCUUUAGUAGCCUAAUGAAGUACAACUUCUGCUGAACUGUUUUUCAGUGACAGCAAUGUUUUUUGCCCAGUUGACGCUGACUCUAAUAUGAAGGCCAAGAAACUUGUGGCUGUGUUUAUGUGUGUGUUGGUGUCCUUCUUUAAUGAUUUCUUUGAUUUUAUCUAUCUUGACAGGGUUCGCACGCGGCCCUAAAAGUCGCUAAAAACCCCUAAAUUUUCGAAGGUGCAUUUAGGGACUCCUAAAAGUCCUUAAAAUCCGCGAAAACCGGUCAAGCCCCUAAAAAGGCCUUUAAAAAAAUCACAGGGAGGACCUCUACCGCCAAAAUUCUCCCCAAAAAAUUAAUCUUUUAUUUAAAAAAAAAUAGCGGUCCGUCUGGCGUCCAAAUCAGCCGAAUAUUGUCAACGGAAGUCACCGUGAGUAGGCAUUUCACUUGGUCUUCGUUACGACGUAGCGUAGUUCUUUCAUCGAUCCAACUUAUAUCACGGGGAAGUGCAUUUUUCAAGAUGCUUGGGUUGAAAGUAAGGAGUUUGAGAGCUGGAUUUGUCGAGAUCCAAAAGAUCGGCACAUGUUUUACUGCCAUCUGUGCAAGCAGAGUUACCAGCUUGAAAAGAUGGCCGUCAAAGCGCUGGAGUCGCACCGGAACAACAGGAGACACGCUGAUUUGGCGAAGACUCGCUCAUCUUCCGUUGGUAUGAAUCUGUUUCUAAAAUAUCAUGAUAGUGAAGCAUCAACUUCUGGCAGUGGUACUAGCACUGCAUGCGCACCUACAGUUGCCCAGCCAUCGACUUCAACCACCCAGAAGUCAGGCUUUAAGAACGUAGUUCAAUACACGAAGACGGACUCGUUAAAGGCAGAGAUCGUGUGGACUUUAAAAGUGAUCUGCAGCCAUUACAGUUACAAAUCUUGUGAAAAUGAUUCGAAAGUGUUUGCAGUCAUGAGGUUUAUCACCGAGGCCGAUGCACUCAGAGGCAGAGCAAAGGACGAGAGAGCCACUUUGGCACCUGUGCAGCAACAAAUAGAGGAGGCACUGGGAUGGCUCAAGGAGCUCGACUCGUAGGGGUGCUGAGACAGACAUCAGUAGAAGACAUUUGUGUAUGUAGUUGCAAUUGUAGUUGGAACCUGUUUUUCUGUAGACUGUUAUGUGAAGACGUUGACAAUGGUCAUAUCGAUGAGAACUACCACAAGGGGCGACAGGUGAUCACUGUCACAGGUACGGAGGUACUGGAACAUUUGAUGAACCAAGAACGGUUGAUGGCACCAUUGGGUGAGUCUUUUUUCCCUACUCUUGAUUUCCCACGAUGGCCCUAAAUUUUUUGCGUGUCGGCCCUAAAGUUUUUUCCGUGUCAGCCCUAAAUUUUUCGUGUCAGCCCCUAAGAAUGCCCCUAAAAAGCCCUUAAAUUUUUUUGGUCAGACUGAGUAAGAACCCUGUUUGAGACCAAGAUUGCUGUCCUCUCUGUAGAUGGUGGAUUUAAAGUAUGAACACCAACAGUGCCGAAGCACAAUUUAAAAGCUCUAUCUUUAAUGCUCAUGUCAUUUUGCAAUUCUACACAGACUCAGAAUGAGUGACUGAGUGCUCACACAUUGUUUACCUACCAAGGAGAAAAAAAAAUCUGUUUUCUAGUUCUCACCAAGAGCGUACAGUAUAUGUAUGAAAUCAAGAGAAUGAAGCAUUAAAAGAAUUGAUAUUUUAAAUCAUGAAUUAAUUAUACAGCAUAAAUUUCUUUCAUCUUGUCCCAUCCGUUAGGGGUCGCCACAGUGUGACAUCUCAGAUGAACACCCAUAUUUGUGUAGCACAGUUUUUUUUUUUUUUUUUUUAAACCCCAGAUGCCCUUCCUGACGCAACCCCUCUCGGGGAGUGGAGACCCCAGUGGGAUCCGAACUCCUGACCCGCUGACCCCAGUGGGAUCCGAACUCCUGACCCACGGUUUACCAAACCAAUGCUCUAACCACUGAGCUAUGUGGCCUCCAAUUAAUUGUAGAGCAUACAAAUCUAAAAUUAGAGGUAUCCAUAUUUCAGUAUUGAUCUGCACAUCACAUAUCACAUCUCUGUUUUUUGCUGGUUUCAUCAGGCUGCAAUCUUCAACUCUCACUGAAGCAGUUCACAGCCGAAUGUGAAGUGGAUGAAAAUCACCACCUCCAAAUGUGAGACCUUGGUCCUCCUUUGGAAAAGGGUAGAAUUACCUCUCCAGGUCAAGGAAUAGUGGAGCCCCAAGUGGAGGAGUUCAAGUAUCUUUAUAGAGUCUGGCUCACGAGUGGGAGAAGCAUGGACUUGAAGAUCUACAGGCAAAUUAGUGCAACAUCUUCAGUGAUGCAGACUUUCAGCUAUUAUGAAGAAGGAGGUGACCACACACAACCAAAGCUGAGUGACUGGGACAGCGGGUGGAAGAGAAGAUGCUUAUGGCCCGAGACACGGCGCGAGAUGAGGCUCAAAAGCUACACAGGAAGUGGCUGAAGCACCAGGCCUUCAUGGCAGAACUGGCACGGAACAAGGAAUGGCUGGCCAAGAUAGAACAGGAAGGCCAGGGGCUAAUCCAGGAGAAGCCAGAGCUCCGCACAGUUGUGCAGCAGAAGCUCGAAGAGAUCAGAGAGUGCUGGUCUGAUUUGGAGACUACAACCAAGGCCAAAGCUCGCCAGCUCUUUGAGAACAACAAGCCGGAGCCGGCGGUAAAGAGCUACUCGGACCUUGACAACCAGCUCUCCCACUUGGAGCGGCAGCCCCCCCAACUGGAGCAGGCACAUCAUCUGCCCACAUUCAAUGAGCAGCUACAGAAAUUCCAGGCUAUGGAGUCUCGGUUUGGGGACAUUUACAAGGAUGUGGAGGAACUGGGUAGCUUGCAAGGAGGUGGCCUUUCCCAGCGAGGUCUGAUGGCAGGUGACAAGGAGGGUGGUGAGCAGUCAGGCUUGGCCGAGACCCGCAUCGUUCGCCUCAUUGAGCCCCUGAAGGAAAGACGUCGCAUCCUGCUGGCUUCCAAAGAGAUGCACCAAGUCGCUCAAGAUUUGGAAGAUGAGAUGUUGUGGAUUCAAGAAAGGCUUCCCCAGGCAUCAUGUAAGGAAUAUGGGAGUAAUCUCCAGAGUGUGCAGCAGAAUGUAAAAAAAAAAUUGACUCUCCAGAGGGAGCUUGCAGGGCGGCGGGCUCGUGUUGAAGAGGUUCUUGACAGGGCGGGGAUUAUUGCAUCGCUGCGUACCCCUGAAGUAGAGUUUGUGCGCGAUGGGGCAGGCCAUGUGCGGCAGCUGUGGGAGGUGUUGCAGUUGGAGCUAGAAAGGAGAUCUGUGAUGCUGGAUGCAGCACUGCAGGCUCAACAGUAUUAUAGUGAGGCAACCAAAGUAGAGUCCUGGUUGUCAGGUCAGAAGCUCCAGCAGGCCAAUGACGAAAAAGGCACGGAUGAGGCAAGCACCCUACAACUGCUGAAGACUCACCUAGCUUUGGAGCAAACUGUGGAAACAUAUGCUGAGACUGUGGGCAUGCUGUCCCAACAAUGCCAGCAGCUGCUAGAGCUCGGACACCCAGAGAGUGAGCAAAUCACCAAGCAGCAGUCCCACAUAGACAGACUGUAUGUGUCCCUGAAAGACAUGGUGGAGCACAGAAAGAUCAAGCUAGAGCAGCAGUACUGGCUUUAUCAGCUCAAUAAAGACGUAGAGGAGUUAGAGAAAUGGAUCACUGAACGAGAGACUGUGGCAAGUUCUACUGAUCUUGGCCAAGACCUGGAGCAUGUUACGAUGCUUCAAGAAAGGUUCACCAAAUUUGCCUCAGAAACAAACAACGUUGGCCAGCAGCGGAUGGAGCAGGUCAACAGAAUGGUGAAUGAAAUGAUCGAUUGCGGUCAUUCGGAUGCAGCCAUCAUUGCUGAGUGGAAGGAUGGACUGAACGAGUCCUGGGCGGAUCUCUUGGAGCUGAUGGAGACCCGCAGACAGAUGCUGGCAGCAUCCAACCAGCUCCAUAAGUUCUUCACCGACUGCAAAGAGGUUUUGGCUCAAAUUGCCGGAAAGACGAAGCAGCUGCCAGAGGUGAGGGCAUGCCAAGCUAACAUCACCAAUCCAGCCACCCUGCAGAGACUUAUGCACUCUUUUGAGCAUGCCCUUCAACUGUUAGUUACACAGGUACGACAGCUGCAGGAGAAUGCUGCACAGCUGCGGACUAUUUAUGCUGGUGAGAAGGCUGAGGCCAUUCUGGCAAAAGAGCAUGAAGUAAUGGACGCUUGGAAGCAGCUGUUGAGCUCUUGUGAGGCCAGCCGUGUUCAGGUCACUUCAGUGACUGACAAAGUGCAAUUCUUCUCAGUGGUGCGCGAAAAUCUUAUGUGGAUGGAAGGCAUUAUGGGCCAGAUUGGAUGGGACGAACCCAGGGAUUUGACAGCAUUGGAGGUCAUGAUGAAACAGCACCAGGAGCUAAAAGCCAAAAUAGAUGGCCGCAGCAAAACCAUCCAGCAGUGUGCAGAUCUCGGCAAGAUCCUGAUAGCUGCUGGCAACCCUGCAUCAGAGGAGAUUAAAGAGAAACUGGAUAGCCUUCUGGCCAAGCAGAAGGAUCUUGUCGAGAAAUGGGACAAACACCAAGAAAGGUUACAGCGCAAACACGAGAGGUUCCAGUUUGCCCAGGAGACAAUAAGGGCAGAAGCCUGGCUGAAGGCCAAGGAACCUCCGAUCAUCUCCAAGCAGCCAGAGGGCGGACAGACCCAGGCCCAAACUGAUGAGGUUGAGCAGCUCAUCCUUCGCCAUGAAGCCUUCCGCAAGGCUGCUGUAACCUGGAAAGAACGCUUCAGCUCUCUCCGCCAGCUUUCCGCAGCUGAGAAGAAAAAAGAGGAAGACAAAAAGAUGCCACUCUCCAGUCGAAGGAUGUUCCCAUUAUCUUGUCUGACUCCGAGUGGUCCCUCGUUCAGUUCAAACCCAACUUUUAUGAGGCAGAUGGUACAUGCCCAAAUAGAACCCACACACUCAGAGACCAGCGUGGAACAAGCUGCCGCCCCUGCAGCCCACAGAUUGUCUUCAUCGCUCGCCAGCUACAAUCCAGUCAUAAAUGGAUCAGGGUAUCACGGGCUGGAGCAGCACUGUAGUGGAAAGUCGGUGAGCCCCUCAUAUCUCGGAAUGAACCACCAGGCCAUUGGAGGUGGAAGUGACUCUGCUUUUUCCGCCCUGAAUUCCCACUCUGGAGGACAGGACACCUCGACAUAUCUGGGGAUAAACAAUCAAACAACUGAUAGCGCUGAGAGCUCUGGUUAUUUUGGACUGUCAAUGGGUUGCGUGGGCGGUUCUGGCUAUGUGAUGCAAAGCCACCCGGGCAGUGGCAGGUUGGGAAGUUCGGGUAACCUGGCUCAGGAGCAGAGCAGUAAUGUAAUGGGAAACUCUGUGUUUCUCCAGCAGCAGAAUACGGGAAGUUCGGCAUAUUUGACACAACAUAAUAUGGGAAGUUCCGGUUACUCGACACAACCUCAAAACAUGGGUAAUUCAGGAUAUUUGGGACAUCAGCCCAAUUUAGGGAGUUCAGGAUAUUUGGCUCCACAGCCAAAUUUGGGGAGUUCUGGAUACCUAGCUCAAAAUUAUCAUGGCAGUGGAGGAAUGGGUAGUUCAGGCUAUCUCGCACAAAAUCAUUACAGCAGCGGAAGUCUUGGCAGUUCGGGUUACCUGGCGCCAAGUGGUGGCAUCAUGGACCCCAAAAUGGCUUAUGCUUGGCAACACUUGAAAGCUGACUUCAUGCAGCCUGCAAUCAAUCACAUUCACAAGGCUGUAAACCCCCUCCUCGAGGCCAGUAGAGUACAGCGGGAACAGUAUGGUGAUAUCCCGAUGGCGGAUAUGACGGGGCCGGAGUCAGGACUGGACCUCCUCCACGGCCGCCUCCAGAGGGAUCCCCGGGGCAGCCGCUCAGACCCUCAGAUGGACCACCUGAGACGAGAGCGGGAGUACAAACUGGGCAGACAAACCUCCAGCGAACAAGAGAUCCAAGCCCGGCUGAACGAGCUUCCAAUGAUUGUGCGUCAGGAGCGCUAUCGGAGACGCCUGGAAAGGCAGUCUUCCAGUGAACAGGAGGGGAGCGGCAAGCAGAGACUGCAACGACAGGACUCCAGUGACCUGGAGGGCUCUGUUAAAGAUGGCUCUGACAAACGCUCAGGGGAAAAGAGAUCUACUAUGGCGGAGAUUGUAGAACAAGUCCAGGAGAGAGAAGCAGCCCAUGCCAGAGGAGAGCCGUAUCGGCCUCCAAGCAGCCUCUCAGCUCCAGUGACACGUUUUGAUGGUCGUCCUCGUGCUCGAGAUCGACCCAAACCGAGGAGGAGACCCCGCCCAAAAGAGCCUGAGGAAACUCGCCGCUCUCGAUCAGCUCCAGCCACUGGUGCUCCGACAACGCCCCAGCCACCGUCGCACACAGCACAGAAUGAAGGAUUCCUAUAUCGCAAAAGGGCCACCAGCUCUGACCUUGAAGCUCAACAGAGGAGCCCCACCAGCAAAUCCUGGGUGAAUGUCUAUUGUGUGCUGAAAGAGGGCAAGCUGACGUUCUACAAGGACGCCAGGAACCACAACACAACAUACAAUGGAGAGCCAGCUGUUGACCUUUCUAACUGUUCUUUUGAUCCUUCAAUGGGAUAUAAGAAAAAGAAGAACGUCUUCAUUCUUCAAGUCAACGAUGGAAAUAACUUAUUAGUAUUCCAUGCAAAAGAUGAGGAUGAUCUGAAGGCUUGGACUUCAAACAUCACCACCUGUAUAGCUGAGCACGAGGCCAUGGUCAAGUGGGACAAGCCGGGCACAUCAGGGAUGGACCCUGACCGUUCCGAGAGGAAGGAGAGGUCUGAGGGCGAUGCUGAUGCCAGGUCAGAGAGAUCGGAGUUAGUCGGCGAGGAGAGAUCUGAGAAGGAGAGGUCAGAGAAAGGAGACGGCUCUGACAAGUUAGACACAUCGGAAAUUGCUGACAAGCUGGAGGGUGGGGCGGGGGGCUCCAGCGCAUCUGGAAAGAGCAAAUGAAGAGCCUGCUUAUGUUUCUGUUUUUAUUGACUGACAACUGUUGGUUGUAUGAAUGGGAAGCAUGUUUGCAGAGAGCCUCAGUCACAGAGCUGGAAAACAACGAGAUUACCAUCCAAUGAAAAAAAAAGACUAUUGUAACUCAUCUCCCAGCCACCCCCCCCCCCCCUUUACCCAAAGCGAUGCGUCAGCACUUGCAUUGGGCCACCUGCGUGUGGGGAUUGUCAUUGUUUCAUCUCCAGGAUUCCUCUUUCUAUGUUUCAGUGACUGAUGAUAUCAUGUCUGUCUCUCCGUCUGUCUGGACACACCGGAAAAGAGGUGAAUGAAAUGUUCACGCUAAUUAAAAACGUUUGAAGCAAUAUACUUUUUUUUAAGUUAUUCUCUCUUGCAGUGAGAGAUGAAAGCAAAUUAAAGAUGAAGUCGUUGCAAAUGGGAUGAAUUUACAUGAUUUCUCAUCCACACGGUUACCCCAGUCUUUGCACCUUAGCUAUUUAAAACACAAAAUCUUGUAUUCCCACAACAUGGUAAUCAUAGAUUAUGUUAUAACAAUGAAAUGCUGGUGUUACCCACUGAGCUUUUUUUUUUUUUUUUGGGACGUCCUUAAAUAUACAUUAUUUUUUGAUCCAUGUCAAACAAAAAGGAGCUUACAAUGAAAUACCCACAGUAACACAAUUUGUCAUAAAGCCUUUGUACACAACAUCUGAUGUCACUGCAUGAGAUUUAAUAGUCUCCUAGUGCACUUGUUUUUUUUACGUUCUAGAAAUCAUUUUGGGAAAUUGCAAUAAUUUAGCGCGAUGAAACAUUCUGCAAUCAUAGAGUUGUCUUCCAUUCACAGUUAUAAGAGUCUCCUCCUUGACCUGUUAUGAUGAGAAGUGGCCCUGUAGACCCCCCCCCCGUCACACACACACACACUUUUGUUUGUUCUACACCCUUUAAAUGAAUUACCCCCAGAAUUUAAAAUGAUGUCUGAAGAAUUGUAAAAACCUGACGUGAGAGAAAAGCCCUCUGUACUGUUGCGUCUUUUAUUUUGAAGUCCAGAUUGUGGAAUACCAACAGCGAGUUCAAAUGCAAAUCUGUUCUAAGUCAUACAAUGUAUAUACCUAACUUUGUAUGUAUAUCAAUAAACCCUAAGCGCUAAUAAAACAGUACACUGAAGUGUAAUGGGUAAAAGUAAAACAUUUGUAUUAAUCCACUUAAGUCAAAUAAAAACAUUACAUGUAAAGGAAAAUAUGCAAAGUAAAAAUCACGAAUGUUUUACAUAGCAUAUAUAAGUACACCAAUAUCUAGUUGUAUGAGCCACUUUUACCAGGGAAGAGCAACAGGAAAUACUUAAAAUAUGCUUGUAUUUUUAUAUUCCUAUGUUGCCUAUAUUGGCCCCCAGCCCAAAUAAGACCAUCUAGCUGACUGAACAGUCAGUGUGUUUGUGAGAGAUGUGUUCAGUGUCUGUAUUAUCAACAUUUGUAAAUCGAGAAAUUCCCGGUGGUGAGCACAGAGUUCUGUGAGAUUAACAAACGUACUGUUUCUUGGCUGUGCGUUCAUUCUUUCACGUGUUCGAGAACACGAGAAGAUAAAUGUGAAAAUCAGUGGCCGUUUUGACACAACAUGCAUAAAUCGCUGAAAAGAAGUCAGCCGCUCUGCAGUGACAGCUGGAGGCAUUGUGUAAAUGUCCAAAAUGAAGCGUUCCAUUGAAUCGUCGUUGCACCUUGAAUAUACAUAGAGAAAUUCAAAGCAGUCUUCCUUUCUUUGUAAACACCAAAAGAUACUUUCCAAUUCCAAUUCACUAGUACAGUAUUGGGUUAUCCCCACCAGGAAUGUAGUGACAAUGUGCUGUGUCCUUCUGCAGCCUUCCAAUUAUUCCGACGAGAGUAGACGAGCUUCUGUAUUUUACCAUGUGAAUGUCAUUUUCCUGUCACUCUUUUAACAUUAAGUGCCAUGUCACACAGUUUGAUGAAAGAGCACUCAAGAAGAACUGAAAUUAAACCUGUCAUUGCAAUACAUUGUUUUUGUUUUUACAAGACCUGAUUUUUAUCGAUGACGCGGGAGCUACAAUACUUACAUGUGGAUGUCAUUGUUCCGGUCUGAUAUGUUUGCUCUCCAUCACUUUUAUGAAGCACGCCAGGGACUUCUUUUUUUUUUUUUCUUUCCCCGUCCACCAUGUUAUGAGCAACACAACAACAAGAGACAGCACAAACUGUGACUGAUUAAAAAAAAAAAAACAAAAAUGCAAACAUUGUUUUCUUCAUUGAUGGUCUUAAAGUGUGUAUGUCUUUGUUACUUUACAUUCAAACCUGCUGCUAAGACAUGAAUAAACCUCCAAACUUGCUGAUGCUAACCUGACAUUGAAUUCAUGUGGACGCUGUAUGAUCUGCUAUUCUGCUCGCAUAUGCACAUUCGAACAAAUAGGAGAUUGUGAUUCUGAGAGCCUUUCCUACUCAAAACUUUACUGUAGACCAGAGGUUUAAAACUACAGUAUGUCACAGCGGCUCUGCCCUCAGAGAGCCCAAAAUCGCUGGGGUUACACCCCCACCCCAACCCGCCCAUGGUUUGUAGUUUAAGUACUUGUUUUGGUUGACUGUCAGAAGCAGAGAACGGUGAUUGAAUUCCUUGUUUUGUUCGAGAAACCAACACUAAACAUUUUCAAAAAGUGGCAAAACGUGUAUGGGGAAACUCCAAAAGGCUCUGCUAGAGUCAAAAAGGUGGUGUCCAGGAUCAAAGCAAAGGACAAAAAGCCCAAUUUAAGGUGACCUAUGUGAUCUUCGGUGGUCAAUCGUGGGAAUAGCACUGAGGAAAUCAUAGAUGAUGUCACUGAAUUUCUGGUAGUAAGCCAUGGAAGUGCUGCAGAAACAGAGAAAUAGCAAGUUUUUGCAAAGCUUUAUCCCAAAUAGCUACCCAGUCAACUCACAAAUGUGCACGAGGAGGACACUUUUGGAGCUUGUUCUUGGAGCUUUCCGAGUGUUACAAAGGUGUUCAAACUUUUCUCAGUAGCCUAAUGUAGCUUCCUCAUUUUGCAACCUUUUGGUUCCACUUCCAAAGCAAGAAACUCAAUCAUAGCUCUCUGGUUGGUUUCUGGGAAGCAUCCAACAAUGUAAUUUCCAGAAUGGCUGACAGGAAAAGGACAGACUUAAACUUAAAAAAAAAAAAAAGUAUUUAAACUACGAGCUGUGAAAAUUUCACUUAUUAACAGGUCGCAUUCAGUUGUUUUGAUUGCCCCUCGUAACAUAACGAGGUCAGUUACCUGUCAGAGAAAUUCCGGGACUGGCGUCAUAAAAGAUACACGCAUUUGAAACAUGCAACUGCAAAGUAUGAAUUUUCCCUGAAAAUGCGGCCGAACGAUCAGCCAGAGAUGCUGUUGCGUUUGCUUAAAUCAGUUAAGAGAUCAGGUGGGCGUUGUAACACACGACAGACAACCCGUGACUUCUUUGUUUCUUUCCAAUAAGAAGGUCCCUUCUCAUGAUGCCCCGAGCAUCCCAUAGUUCCUGGGCGAGAAGAACAUCGCUGUGCUGGAGCAA